CCCCCGCGCCCUCACCGCCGCCCGGGAGGCGCCCGCGCCGCCAGGCCCCUCCUCCCCGCGCCCAGCCCUUCCCGGAAGGGCGGCCCUUUCCCGGCCAGCGCGGCGGCGGCGGCGGCAUGGAGCGGUCCGAGGCCUACGGCUUCUCCGCCGCCAUGAGCGGCGCCUUCCUGCUGUCGUGCCUGCUCUUCGCGGCCAUCAAUCGCCGCCAGCGCGGGCCCUACAUGGACGAGGCCUUCCACGUCCCCCAGGCGCAGGCCUACUGCCACGGCCGCUUCCUCCAGUGGGAUCCCAUGAUCACCACGCUGCCGGGCUUGUACCUGGUCUCGGUGGGAGCAGUGAAGCCCGCGGCGUGGCUCUUCGGGUGGACGGGAAGCGUGGUGUGCUCAGUGGGAAUGCUCAGGUUUAUUAACCUCCUUUUCAGCGCUGGGAACUUCUAUUUACUGUAUUUACUUCUGCUCAAGAUCCAUCUGAAGAAUAAGCUUCUCCCAGAGUCAUCGUCAAAGUCUUGAGAAACUGUCUUGUAGCAGAAGGACCCACCUGCCUGGGCUCUCUGGUCUGCCCCCAAAGGCCACAGAAGCAACCUGUGGCUUUCAAGUCUUGUUGUUUCUCCAGGUAGGAAGCAGGUAAGGAUUAGUAACCAUUAUGCAGCUCUGGAAAAGCAACAGAUGAAGAAUCCUUCUUAAAUAGACUAGCAAGCAAAGAAGGAAAAAUAACAACCUAGAGGGAUGGAUAAAGCCUGUCAAAGCCUGUUUCUGUGAGCAGGCAGGCUUUCAACUUGGAUGCUACAGAGGACCCUCUAGUUUGCACUGUCAGAGUAAGGGAUCGAGCAGUCCGGCCAGAAGGAAGAAAGGAAACAGCAGGACACAAGGAAGAGCAGAUUUAGGCAGGAACAGAAUUGUGAAGAUGCAUCAAUGAAAUGUAGUAACUUAAAAAGGGAUCACCUAGUGAAGGAAAAUAGAGGUAGUUGGGUAGCAUUACUGCGAAAUCCUCCGUAAACCUCUGUGCAUCCUCAUGUCCUGGAAGUAAGGACAGGCACUGCUUAUUAUAUGGUGAAGGCAGAAGAUCAUGUUUUCUAUCCUUUUUUAUAAUGCUAUGGUAACAGGCAGGGACUUUGAGUAUGCGUCCCAGUCCCGAGGGCACUCAUGUCCCUGCCAGCCCCACCGGGGCCUCCCCGCACCUGGCCCAUGGCCCAGGACCCAUUUCAGCCCAGCCUGGGGCCACCAGCCCCUGCCCCAGCCAUGCUGUAGGGUCCUGGUCUCCAGCCCUGCCUGAACAAGAAAACAAGUUUUCCUGCUUCACUGACUGAAUUGCACAACUCCCCUAGGCUUCGAGGGGGCCAGGACGUGGUCUGUGGCAUAGUUCCAGUCAUCUACUCUAUGGUGUAGCAGGUGAUCAAUUUAGCUCAAAACUAAUGAGUUUUUUGAGCAUCUUGUUUCCAUAAUGUGUCCUCAUUUUUUAAAAGAUGUUCUCUUGAAACAGACACAGCCUCUAGCAUUUAUUAAAUAUGUUUUUCCAGUUAAUCUUCAGUCCAUAACAUUGCCAAUACUCUUGAAGAUGAUCCAAUAUUUAUUAGUUGUCUUCUUGAUAUGACAUGGUAGGAGACUUUUGUAAUCUCUCCUGUAAUAUACCCAAAAGGGGUAUAUUUUUCACUGCUGAUUGAAAUGCUCGCCGAAUGCCAGAAAUGCACUCAUCAGCAUUUCAAGUGAUGUAUUUAUCUGAAGUAGUUUCCUUCUGAUAAUUUCAUUUGAUGAAUAGAAAAUGCAGCUUUCAAAUCACUGUAGAUCAAGACAAGAAGUUUUGGAGAAUGUUUAUAAAAGCAAGAUUGGGUCAGACAUACUAGCCUUGGUUUCUAGUGGAUGUUUUAUUUUCUUGGGAUGUUGCCACCUUACAGCAGCCUGUUCAAAUCCAACAUCAACUUAUUACAGUUCACUACUCAGCAAAAAAUACAGCUGUGUUGCUCAUGUGAAGAAUAUGGCCAUAUAAUUCAGCUGGCUUCAGUACACAGGGUCCUACAUCAAGAUUACAUGAAGGCACAACAGUCUCAAAGCUUUUACCACUAAAUUGUCAGCAAGAGGGUUCUGUUUUGUAUUUUUUUUCUGCCACUGGGAGCCAAUUAUUUGAAUGAAGCUGUCUCUCCCUCACCGUGCUCUCAAUGUUUUGCUUUCUCUCCCCCCAUUGCUUCUGCUCUGCUACAUCUCAAAAACCAGCUUCCAGCAUUCCCCACAGACUUUAUUAUCCUAAAAGGAGGGAAAAUAAACAUUUUAUUGUAUAUAUUUGAUAUGUGCAGAUAAAUCUGUGA